AUGACGUUCCCCAUAGCGACCCUCCUUCAUCCCGUUGUAUCACAAGCCCUGGCUGACGCCGAACAAAAAGCGAAACUCGGUAUCCUAGAAACUCUACCAGGACAUCGAACUAUGGCCUUGCGACCCGAAGAGAACACUAGCGGCCCUCUCGUAGUCAUCACAUCUACGUCUCCUAUAUUGUUGGAACAGAAUGGGCUACAACCGCCACCGUCUCCGCCUAUGAGCCCAGCAAGCGAGACACACACACCUACUCCCGCAGCCCUCACACCAGACGCCGAAUUCCGCAUCAUAGAAGCCGAGCUUGCAAAUUGUCAACUGACACGCGAAGCGCUACAAAGACGCGAGUCUGCACUUCAAGAACGCAAAGCAGAAAUCGUACGAGAAACAAAGAUGAGACUUGACAAAGAGGUGCGAGAUUUGACGGCACAGGAUCAAGAAGGGAUUGAUCAAGGACUGUUCAUGCGCGAUGUGCAGCGGAGAGUGGAAACGAAGUUAAAGGGGGCAGGAACAGAAGGUGAAGCUGCAUCGGAGAAAGUGGACCAAGCAAACGAUGUGGAGGAGAAGAAAACUGUCCCCAUCAGUGCGCCAGAGCGGAGGAGACUUGCGCGUCUUGCACUGUUGAAGCAAGACCCUAGGCUAGGAAGAUAA